GCGCGCGUGCGCGACACGGACGGAAGGGGACGAACAGGAAAGGAAAGAGCCGCACAUGCACGUCACUGGAGUAAACAGAGAAAACACUGGGACAUAUUUAAUUCCCACAAUUAUUUAUUCACCCCCGUUCUGGUGGGUCCCCGCGAAGCUCUCGCGGCUUAAAGAGCAACUUCCUCUCCUUCGGUCAACGGCUCUCUGUCGUCAGCCCGAACAGGAGGACUGACGCUGUCACACAGCCGCGGAACUUCCCGUCAAGACGCGGCGCGGACGAAAAGAGGAACAACCAUCGGGUGUUGUCGAGCGGAGAGAGAGGACACACUCAAGUCCACACGGCUCCCGGGUAAAGAAACGGGGCUGUUGUCUUCCAGCUGGGGGUAAACAGUUCUGGUGCUCGGCUAAUUAGCCUGCGCGGGUCCCCGCAGAGAGAGAGAGGGAGAGAGGGAGAGAGCAGCGCUGCUAGCUACAGCACCGAGCGGCUCGCACAGGGUGUGAGUGACUGAGGUGCUUGUUUUUACCCCCAAUCGGGACAUUUAUCCCACAAACCGAUGUUAGCUUUACCGAUGGGAGCAUUUUCCCGAUAGCCACGCAACCCCACCCCACCCCGGUUUGACCCCAGCACGGAUUCACCAAUCGGGCGCUGUCCUAGGUCGGGGGGUUCCGGAUCCUCCAUCGCCCGGUCCAGCUAACUCCAGGCGCCGGUUCGGCCCCCCCUGACCCCUGCCGCGCCCGUCGGUCGCUCUGGCCGACCCUAGCCAAGACCGAACAUGGCAGGGAACCUGAAGAAAGGUGGGGGGCUCAUCGGAAGGAUGAUGAAGGAUGCCUUCCAGCCACACCAUCACCACCUCCACUCCCAUCACCAGCCCGGGGUAGUGGACAAAAAGACGGUGGAGAAAUGCUGGAAACUAAUGGACAAGGUGGUGCGCCUCUGCCAAAACCCCAAAUUGGCUCUAAAGAACAGCCCCCCUUACAUCCUGGACCUGCUGCCAGACACCUACCAGCACCUGCGCACCAUCUUGUCUCGCUACGAGGGUAAAAUGGAGAUGCUGGGGGACAACGAGUACUUCCGGGUCUUCAUGGAGAACCUCACCAAGAAGACAAAGCAGACCAUCAGCUUGUUCAAGGAGGGCAAGGAACGCAUGUACGAGGAGAACUCCCAACCCAGGCGGAACCUCACCAAGCUGUCGUUGAUCUUCAGCCACAUGCUGGCUGAGCUGAAGGCCAUCUUCCCCAACGGUCUGUUUCAGGGCGACAACUUCCGCAUCACCAAGGCAGACGCUGCAGAGUUCUGGAGACGCGCAUUCGGGGAUAAAACGAUUGUGCCUUGGAAGGUGUUCCGUCAGUCUCUCCAUGAGUUUCAUCCCAUCAGCUCAGGACUCGAAGCCAUGGCCCUCAAGUCCACCAUAGACCUCACCUGCAACGAUUACAUCUCUGUCUUUGAGUUUGACAUCUUCACAAGGCUAUUCCAGCCUUGGUCGUCCCUGCUGCGGAACUGGAACAGCUUGGCAGUGACUCACCCCGGCUACAUGGCCUUCCUCACCUACGAUGAAGUCAAAGCGCGGCUACAGAAGUUCAUCCACAAGCCUGGCAGUUACAUCUUCCGAUUAAGCUGCACACGGCUGGGCCAGUGGGCCAUCGGCUACGUCACAGCAGACGGAAACAUACUGCAGACUAUUCCCCACAAUAAACCCCUCUUCCAGGCCCUCAUAGAUGGCUUCAGGGAAGGAUUCUAUUUAUUCCCUGACGGCCGGACCCAAAAUCCAGAUCUGACCGGACUGUGUGAGCCUUCGCCUCAAGACCACAUCAAAGUCACACAGGAGCAAUACGAGCUGUACUGUGAGAUGGGCUCCACUUUCCAGCUGUGCAAGAUCUGUGCCGAAAACGACAAAGAUGUGAAGAUUGAGCCCUGUGGUCAUCUCAUGUGCACCUCCUGUCUCACUGCCUGGCAGGAGUCAGAGGGUCAGGGAACGGGAUGCCCCUUCUGUCGCUGUGAGAUUAAGGGUACGGAGCCAAUUGUGGUGGACCCCUUUGACCCCAAAGACAACAGCGGGGGCUCCUGCAGGGGCAUGUUUGGGGCCGAGGGCGCUCCGUCACCCAGCUAUGACGACGAUGAUGACGACAGACUUGAAGACCCCCACCUCAUGAUGAGCAAACUUGCCUGCACAAAGGUGGAGCGCCCCCCUUCACCGAUGUCCAUGGCUCCUCAGUCCUCUCUGCCCCCUGUGCCGCCCAGACUGGACCUGCUACCGCACAGACCUCCAAACCCCCCUGGGGCUUGCAGCCCCGUCAUCAGUAAGGCAGCAUCUCACCACAAAGACAAGCCUCUUCCCCUCCCCCCGGCGCUGCGGGAUCUACCCCCGCCUCCUCCAGAACGUCCCCACACAGCCGGGGCGGCUCCCGAUGGGCGGCUACAGAGGCGGCCCCUACCUUGCACCCCCGGGGAGCCCGUUCGGGAUAAGCUCCCCCCAACGCCCCCCAACCGGCCUCUGCCUGAGUGGAACUCUCGUCCCGUUCCCAAGGCGCCCAUCUCUGCUUCCUCGUCGUCGUCUUCCUCCUCCUCCUCCUCCUUCUCCUCAGCUUCCUCAUCCACCCAAGUCUCCGGUCUGGGAGUGGACCUUCGAGCAGGUGUCCGGGAACUCUCCAACCGACACUCGCUCCCCUUGGCGCUGCCGUCCGCUCUGGACCCGCGGUCCGACUCGUCCAAAAACAACAGCUCCCUCAGUCUGGACCACCAGCUGAAUUCAGUGGCAGUCGCAGAUUAUGACAACCCCAAAGUGAAGGCCUCAUCCUCAGCCAACGCCAUCUACUCAAUGCCACUCAGAACUUCUACAGCCCAGAGGCCGCCGACAGGAGAGGAGGCCCAUGAAAGUGAGGAGGAGUCCGAGUACAUGAUCCCGUCCUCCCGCCCCGUCCUGCCCCCCCUCACGGCAGGACCUGUAGGGGAGACCCCAUCAGUCCCAAGACCUCCGCAGCCUCUGGCGGUGCUCCCGACACAGACCCAAGCUACUGCACUCAACUCGCGGAUGACACUGGCUGAACUAGAGGAUGGGUCUCAAAUGUUUGAAGCCAUGUACAACGUCCAGCAAGCCGGAGAUUCAGACUAUUCAGAGUUGCCCCCUUUAGCAAUGACCAAUGGCACAAGAGAAGUAGACGAGGACGGGGAGGAAGAAGAGGAUAACUGCUACGAUUUCCCCAAACCGCGGCUGCCAAUGCCCACGACCCGGCGGACCCUUUCAGAACUGGGCGGGUCGUCUUCAUCCUCUUUAUCUUCCACGUCAAGCUCAUCCUCCACAGCUGCUUUUAGCCGCCUUUCUCUAGAUUCGGAUGCUGGAGCUGCAGCACCCUCUUCGGAGCCGGUGGAAGCACCAGAGAGACCUCCGAAGCCGCUGCCCAGAAGGAUCAACUCGGAGCGCAGACUCAGCCCCGUCCCGCCCGUCCCUGCUCCACCCAGUGGAGCAACAGCAGCAGCAGCAGCAGCAGGAAGAGGAGAAACCAACCCCCAAAUCAGCUGCGAAAUCGAGCACCUCCUGAGCGAGGGCUACUCUUACCAGGACAUCCAGAAAGCACUGAUGAUUGCACAGAACAACGUUGAAAUGGCUAAAAACAUCCUCCGCGAGUUCGUCUCCAUCCCCUCCGCCGCACAUAUCCUCACAUAGCACGCUGCCCCGUGCGUGGCUCCCUGUUCGCUCUCUCUCUCUGUUAGCUAAGCCCGGCCUGGUAGGGCCGAGGUCGGCACAGCCCCGGCCCCCCAGGCCCAUUAAGCCUGCAGCUCUACCUCCGGUGCCGGCUGGCGCCCGACGUCCCUGUGGACCUUUCUAACUGGCUGUUACACCAGUGAGCUCGCGGCACCUCUGGGACUUUGCGCCCUGCACUCCAUGCGCUUUCAACAGUGUCUGGCCUUCUUUAAACCGCUGCAGCGGGCCUCUUUGUUUCAUGGACAUCUCUACGGGGGAGGGGGGGUUCUAAGCAUGCGCGGAACCAUGACUGGACGUCAAAUGGCUCCAGGCUUUCGUAGGACUCCGGUGACAGGUUGUCAUUUCACAACACCUCACAAAAAAACUAAAAGUGUAUGUCUAAUAUGAAAAUUUAAUAUAUGAGUAAAUAUAUAUUAAAUGUGUGUAAUAUAUACAGUAGGUAAACGUAACUUCAGCUUUGAAGGUCGCUGUUGGUACGAGCGUUAUCGGUAGCCGGGGACCAUUUUGAAAAAGGGGCUUCAGGGGCCGUGAGAGUGUGGAGAAACAAGCGGGAGGAAGAGUCGGACGUCUUCCUCUCCGGGGUGCGACGUGGCGUCAGUUUAGAAGACGUGCUGCGGCGCCUUUUCAUUAUGGAUUCAGUCUGUUAUGGCCUUUCGAUGAACAAUGUUGCUUUGGUACCUUUUAUUUUUUUUAUAGAACAUGCUUGUUUCGUCGUGUUGUAUUUUUCAAAGUAGCAUGGCGAUGGUGUCAGGUCCGGGACUGUUGUCUUGGCAGUGUGUGUUUAUAUGUGUGAGUUUUGUGGCCGUGAGCAUGCACGUGUGUGUGUGUGUGUGUGUGUGUGUGUGUGUGUGUGUGUGUGUGUGUGUGUGUGUGUGUGUGUGUGUGUGUGUGUGUGUGUGUGUGUGUGUGUGUGUGUGUGUGUGUGUGUGUGUGUGUGUGUGUGUGUGUGUGUGUGUGUGUGUGUGUGUGUGUGUGUGUGUGUGUGUGUGUGUGUGUGUGUGUGUGCGUGUAUGCGUGCGCGUGUCUGCCAGACCUUCUCCUCAUGACCUUCUCUUAAACGAACCCCUGUGUUCCUGAACAACAUGAAUGUGGAAUUGCAGUCGGUAUGCUCAAGCUCUGCACACGCACUACUGGGUGGGCGGGGCCUUGUGUAGCUGCACAGCCUGGCGGGCAGAUUAUCAGUGGACGUAAUAAUGUUGACAACCCCGCGGUGCCAAACGAGCUUGUGUUGUGUGAUCCGUGGUGGCUGAAACGUUUUCAUCGUGUCUUUUGUCGGCCCAGUGUUAUGAAACAAAAAAAAAGGUGACAUUGAUUUACUUGGGUAAUGUUUUAUUGUAAUGUGAUCACACAUAUUGUUAUUCUAAUUAAUUCAGAAGUGCUUCACUGCUGCUACUAUUGUUAGUGCUAAACAAUUAAGCCUUAAAUGUACAUUUGUGAAUAUUGUGUUUACCAGUCCUGUUUCUUUAAAGUGACGGUAUCAUCCACGUGUCUCUGGUCAGUAAUGUAGCAAACUCGAAAGUACAAACGGCUCGGGAGCCUGCAGCCCUCUCAAGCCUUCAACUCUCCAGCGUUAUAAACUUAUAAAUCUUUUUUUUUUCUUCUCUCUGCGACUCUGCGAUACAGCUUACAAGCUGCUUUUGCGAUGUUUAUUAUUAUUUUGUGAUAGAUUCAGGCUUCUCUUUCACGUUAUUCUCCCUUCUCUGUGGCAGCCCCCCCCCCCCCCCCCCCCCACCCUCACAGACCGGAGGUGACUGCAGAGGCUUUUUGAAAAAGUAGGCUACUAGAAGAGCCACCUCAGGAAUGAUAUUUUAUCUGGACAAGUGGCGUUCACCCGAGCUGUCAAAGCCCAGAGGAGAGCGGCUGUCUCCUCGCUGAAAGCAUCCACUCGAUGAGGCCACACAACCAGCCAGUUGCUUCCUUACUUUUUGUCCCCAUUGAUCUCGCACAUGUUCAUUUUCUUUUGAAUGUUUGCGGGACUCAAACAGCAGCUUAAUUUCCAGGUACUAUGAACGAAUCCGAUAAAUAAGUGCACGAAGCUUUGAGGUACAUGUACGUGAACCUCUCCCAGCAUAUGAAGAAUGUUUUUUUUUUUUGGGGGGGGGGGGGGGUUUAAAUCAUGUUGAUAGCAAGUCAUCACUGGCUCUCUGCGGCCAUCCUCCAGUGUUUCCUCCCUGUACAAAGUUGCCUUUAGAAACCGUGAACCAAUGCGUGCUUUGAUACUGUCACUCUAAAGAAAAAGUAUAUUGUGCAAAAUUGGUAAUAAGAACAGAGAAACUCUUGGUUUUAUUUCAUUUUGCAUUCCUGUACGUAAGUAUUUUGUUCCCAAAGGUUUUGUUUACUUAUGUGAAUAAUUCUGUGAGCAGUGCCAUAUGUUGAGACAUCCUCACCAUGUUUAAAGGAAAGGCCAUGAUGUUGAAGACAAUUUGUUAUUGUUCUGUAUCCGGUGAUCUCAGCAGUGUUGCUUGUAUUAAUCUGUCCUCUCUGCCUUGUUAGUCACAUCAAGCCUCAUUUUGCAGCACAAGCGCUGAUCUGGGAUAAGUUUCCAUCACUUCGUUUUUCUUACCAGAAAGAUGAACCAGGUCCCAGACCAGCACGCAGCCUCAGCUAAGCUAAAUGGUACCAGCCAGUUUCCUUCAGACCCGGUGUGAAGGCACUUCACCUUUCUGCCAGAAGAGGGAGCUGUUGUUCCAUGUGGCUUUUCAUCAGUACCAGUCAUUCAAUAACUUUUUGAUGUUUUUUAAAGCUCAUAUCACUUUGGAAGUAUGCACAGUGCUGUUAAUAAAAUAAGUAAAAGCUACAACAUGUAUUUCCUCUCUACAUGGAUAUUGCAGUAGUAGUAGUAUACAAAUAUUGUCUUUAGAACAGAAAACACACCGUAGGAUGUUCGAGCAAUUGGAUUUAAUCUUGUGCUAUACUUGAAUAGUGAAUGUAUUUAUUGAUCACAGUCUUUAGCGAUUUAAUAUGCAGAUAUUGAACAAGAGGGGUUUUGAAACAAAAUAAACAAAUUCUCACCUCCAAAUUAAAAUGCCAUUGAAAUUGCUAAAUGUAUUAGAUGUAAACUCUGAAAAUAUUGGCUUUUUAUGAAUUUCUUUGACAUACUGUACAAUGGCUCUGCCAUUCAGCAUAUUUAAAGUUUUAGUCACCUGG